AUGGAAGUUUCUGGAAUUCCAUUCCUCUCACGCAAUUUCUCUCUCACUACACCAGUCGGAGUCAUUAACAUGUUAACCAACCUUGCCAAAGGAUGCAUCCUCCACAUCUGCCCGGAUAAACUGAACUUCAUUCUUUUGGGGAGCCCAGAAAGUGGAGGGGCAAGCUUGUGGUGUGAGCUUCCACAGGAGAAUUUUUUCAGCACAUUUCAAAUGCAAGGCAUCUCUGCAGAGUAUAAUGAGAUAUAUUUACAAGUACAAUUGGAAAACAUAACUCGAGUGGUGAACACUCCCCACAGUACUGAAACCUUGAGAAUCAAGUUCAUUAAUAAAUACUCUGGGAUCCUCAAGUUCUGUAUAAAGCAGUUACCUGAAUCAAACAGGAGUCGCACAAUGACAUAUUACUUCCCCAUAGUGGUUAUCCCUACAAAUUUUUGGAUUGAACUACAAGAACCCAUAGUUCCAGACUUGGAUGUUAGCAUUUAUUUACCAGUCUUGAAGACUCUGAAGAAUUUUGUGGAAAAAAUGAAACACAUCAAUAAUCACAUUAUUAUUGAAGCAAACCAAAAUGGAGAAUUGAACCUGAAGAUGGAAAAUGAAUUAGUAAGUGUAACCACUUAUUUUCAAGAUCUUGGAAAUCCUCCUUUAGCUCUUGAAAAUGAUUCUCAAGACAGACACCUAGAAGAGAUGGCUGAGAUGCACAUAAAUAUCUAUCAGCUACUCCAUUUCCUUGGAGGAGUGCAAGAUAAUCCUACAAAGGCCAUAUUCAACAUGGUGAGGAACAGAAUUUCUUAUUUUGAAUUCCUUUAUGAAAUUUUCUCUGUCAAGUAUUUCAUCCCGGCCUUACACUAA